GCAGCAGGGUUGGUGGACGCAACACAGCACAGGACAGAUGGCGUCGCCGUCCUCCUCGCUCUGCUCCAGCCUCGGCUACCCGCGCACCGCCUCCCUCGGCGCCCGCCGCCGCGUCGGAUUCUCCCCCUCAAGGAAGUUAUUCCAAGUGAAGGCAUCGAGGGUGGACAGUUUCUCCAAGAGCGACAUCAUUGUGUCCCCUUCCAUUCUUUCUGCAAACUUCGCCAAGCUUGGUGAACAGGUAAAAGCUGUGGAGCUGGCAGGAUGUGACUGGAUUCAUGUCGAUGUCAUGGACGGACGGUUUGUGCCAAAUAUCACGAUUGGACCGUUGAUUGUUGAUGCUUUGCGUCCAGUGACUGAUCUUCCUUUGGAUGUGCAUCUGAUGAUUGUGGAACCUGAGCAGCGAAUUCCAGAUUUUAUCAAGGCAGGUGCAGAUAUUGUUAGUGUUCACUGUGAGCAAACGGCAACCAUCCAUCUUCACCGAACAGUCGACCAGAUUAAAAGUCUUGGAGCAAAGGCCGGAGUUGUACUGAACCCUGGGACCCCACUCAGUGCGAUUGAAUAUGUACUUGAAUCUGUUGAUCUGGUAUUGAUUAUGUCGGUCAAUCCUGGGUUCGGUGGGCAGAGCUUUAUCGAGAGUCAAGUAAAGAAAAUUGCAGACUUGAGAAAAUUAUGUGAAGAGAAGGGAGUGAACCCCUGGAUUGAGGUUGAUGGUGGAGUUAGUCCCAAAAAUGCCUACAAGGUCAUUGAAGCUGGAGCGAAUGCCCUUGUUGCUGGUUCUGCGGUCUUUGGAGCUAAAGACUACGCUGAAGCUAUCAAAGGAAUUAAGACCAGCAAGAGACCUGUAGCUGUAGCAGCAUGAGGAACCGGAGCAUACCUAUUUACACUGUAUAAGCUUUUUGUAUACCAUUAUCGUGGUUUUGCAUAGAUGCCCGUCAUUGUCGAGCCAUACGUUGUACUGUACCACAGAGAUCACCAUCAAAUCAAAUAGGGGAAAAAGAGGCAGUGAAGAAAGAUCCUCUUUUCUUUUUCCGUUUUUCUGCGACCGCGAGGAUGUCUUGUACUAUUUGCACAACAAGGGCAACGAUGUUGCCUUGUCUCUGUGUGAUAACAUUACAGUGAGCACGGGAUUGUUCAUAGAAUCAUAAUUAACCCGUCCUCUCGUUCUUGUA